AUGGAUAGCAGCACUAUCGACCAGAUGGUGUCGGUUGAAAUGGCGUUAGCUCUUCGCCAAAAGCAAGCGAGUUAUGUGGAUGCCCCAGUUAGUGGUGGUGUUGUUGGAGCUCAAAAUGCGACAUUGACAUUUAUGGUUGGUGGCGGUGAUGAGCAGCCAGUUUUCGAUCGUGCCCAUACAUUUUUGAGCAAAAUGGGCAAGAACAUCGUCAAUUGGUGGAAGGUUGGAAAUGGGCAAGCCGCUAAAAUUUGCAAUAAUAUGAUGCUUGGAAUUUCAAUGAUUGGUGUGUCGGAGACGAUGAAUCUUGGCGGAUUCGGUAGUGCUUUGAUGGCGAAAGAUUUGUCGUUAGCUCAAAAUGCUGCUACCGAUACCCAUGCUCCAACUCCUCUUGGUUCUAUGGCGCAUCAGAUUUGCAAAUCUUUUAGCUCAAGACUGAGGGUAGCUGUUGCACAUUCUCACGGCGAGGUGCACGAUCACGAAGAUGGCGAUAAGUCACAUGUUCAUGUUCGAGAUCUAGAGGAACGUCGGCGGCAUCAAGUGGAAAGGGAUAAGUCGUUCUUGCGUGCCCGCGCUGAAAAUGAAGUCCAGAUGCCUCCACCUAUUCCAAAACCGGAUAUCGGGGCUGGUGAUGAUGCUGAUGGACGAAGAAUAACCGUGAAACAAAUGACAAAAUUCGCAUGGGACAGCUACAAAAAGUAUGCUUGGGGCUCAAAUGAAUUGAAACCGAUCUCGAAAAAAGGUCAUUCUGCAUCAAUAUUCGGAAGCGGUGAUUUGGGGGCAACGAUCGUCGAUGCAUUAGAUACUCUCUAUAUAAUGGGAUUGAAAGAAGAAUAUGAAGAUGCGCACAAAUGGAUUGAGAUGAAUCUCGAUUUCAAGCGAUUAGCCCGUGGAGAUAUCUCCGUGUUCGAGACGAAUAUUCGCUUUGUUGGCGGUCUUUUAUCGGGAUAUGCUUUGACACGUGACGAGAUGUACCUGAAAAAGGCCACUUCAAUUGUUGACCUUUUGUUGCCCGCUUUGACACACCAACUGGGUAUCCCCUUGGCACUCAUCAACAUUGUGUCAGGCAAAGCGAAAAACUAUGGCUGGGCCUCGGGCGGUGCGAGUAUUCUCUCGGAAUUCGGCAGUCUCGAGCUCGAGUUCGAUUACCUCUCGAAUCUCACCGGAAAUGAUAUUUAUCGAAAUAAAAUCAAAACCGUUCGCGAUUUUCUGACAUCUCUUGAGAAACCCGAUGGAUUAUACCCAAUCUACUUGAAUCCGAACAACGGGAAAUGGGGACAAAGAGAAUACUCGAUUGGGGCAAUGGCUGACAGUUUUUACGAAUAUCUUCUCAAACAGUAUCUUGUUACCGGGAAAAAGGACACGCGAACAAAGAAGGAAUACAAUGAAGCCAUUGAGGCGAUGGAGAAGAAAAUGCUCUUCAGCAGCAGUCCCAGCAAUUUGAAAUAUUUCGCCAAUCUGAAAGGGAGUCGAGUCGAGCACAAGAUGGAACACCUUGGAUGUUUUUGUGGAGGAAUGUUCGCACUUGAUGCUUUCAAUGAGCCAAAUGCGACACGAGCAAGGCAUUACAUGGAUCUGGCAAAAGAUAUUGGGCACACAUGUCACGAGAGCUAUCGGAAAUCAGCAAUUGGCAUCGGUCCCGAGGCUUUUCGUUUCACGAACGAUGUGGAAGCCGUUGCCGUGUCUUCUCAAGAAAAAUACUAUAUUCUUCGACCGGAGGUGGUUGAAACUUGGUUUUAUUUAUGGAGAUUUACCAAAGAUCAAAAGUAUCGUGACUGGGCCUGGGAUGUGGUACAAGCACUCGAAAAACACUUGAAGGUGGAAGCCGGUUAUUCUGGCGUAAAGGAUGUCUAUCAAGUACCGGUGACACAUGAUGAUACUCAACAGUCAUUCCUUUUUGCCGAACUUUUUAAAUAUUUAUAUUUGAUAUUUUCCGAGGACAGUGUGAUGGACCUUACUCAAUGGGUAUUCAAUACGGAGGCUCAUCCAUUCCCUGUUAGAAAUUCU